ACGGCGCAAAGAAGGCGACCGGCGCGGAGAACGGGGAUCAGGGGACUGUCCUGCUAAGCUUGCGGUGUUAUUGACCGGACGACAGCUUUACUGGAGCUUGACCUGCUGCGUUGCCUUCGCCUCUGGUUUACUCCAAUUUAUUGUUUGACAUUUUCUCGACUGCAGAGGAGAAAGAGAGUGAAGAUCCCAAACCUCCGACCAGGCUCUGUUAUAUUACAACCAAGAAAUAGUUUCAUCCACAUUAAACUGCACUUGUGUUUUUGGAAUAGACUUCUCAAACCGGCUGGAUUUGGUUUCCCGCAUCAGUAGGAGAGGUGGAGGGCGCACAGUUUGGGCAAGAGGUGCGGGAGAAGCAGGAGAUUCUGGGGUUGGGUAGGUUUCCCAGCUCCCCUUGGAUGGGAUUCCGACCGCAGCCCGUGGAUGGCGGGAUGAAACCUGGAGAAAGAGACGCGGAUUGAGAGAGGAGGGAGAAGAGGAGGAUGUUGUCGGCUGCUGUGAGAAUACAAAACGGACGCACCCCGCUGGAAGAAAGGAUUGAACUCUAAACCCGAGCGGAAUUUACAAGAAGGAAUCCGUUUUUUUUUUCUUCUUCUUCUUCACAUGGGGCACAUUCUUCGGGUUGGAAUCUAUUAUGGAGUUACAAUGAAAUUCCAAUGAUGGUAUUUGGAGACAUAAUUGCGCCCUGACGCUCGAACCCGGCGCUCCGGAAAGAGUGAGGUGACCCCGACUGAAGACUUUGACCUGCACCUCAUCGAUGAUAUCGCCACGGUAACAUGUGAUUCUAGAAGGGAUCUCAUCAGCGUUUACAUCUCAUGGUGUUGAGUCCAGGUGGGGUGGUAACCAUGGAGAGGCUGUUGCUGUGUCUUAUGCUGGCGGUUGCCAUGGCAGUGCGGGGACAGAUCUGCCCGAAGCGUUGCGUGUGUCAGAUCCUGUCGCCAAACUUGGCGACUCUCUGUGCCAAGAAAGGCCUGCUGUUUGUGCCGCCCAACAUUGACAGGCAUACAGUGGAGCUGAGGCUGGCUGACAACUUCGUCACAAGUGUAAAAAGGAAGGACUUUGCAAACAUGACUCGCCUGGUGGACCUGACGCUGUCUCGAAACACCAUCUCCUACAUCACACCUCAUGCCUUCGCCGAUCUGGAGAACCUAAGGGCCCUUCACCUCAACAGCAACCGACUGACCAGGAUAGGGAACGACACCUUCAGUGGCAUGUCGAAGCUCCAUCACCUGAUCCUCAACAACAACCAGUUGGUCUUGAUUCACCAAGGAGCUUUUAAUGACCUGCUGGCGCUGGAGGAACUGGACCUCAGCUACAACAAUCUGGAUUCAAUACCCUGGGAGGCCAUUCAGAGAAUGACAAGCCUUCAUACCCUGAGUUUAGACCACAACAUGCUGGACUUCAUUCCGGAGGGAACCUUCUCUUUGCUGCAGAAGCUUAACCGCCUUGAUGUCACCUCAAAUAAACUUCAAAAACUGCCACCGGACCCACUUUUCCAGCGAGCGCAGGUUCUCGCUACAUCAGGCAUCAUGAGUUCCACGUCCUUUGCGCUGUCGUUCGGCGGAAACCCUUUACACUGUAACUGUGAACUGCUGUGGCUGCGACGGCUCAACCGAGAGGACGACCUGGAGACCUGCGCCUCGCCUCAGCAUCUCUCCGGCCGGUACUUCUGGUCCAUUCCUGAGGAGGAGUUUCUGUGUGAGCCACCGCUCAUCACCAGAUACUCACACGAAAUGCGUAUCCUGGAAGGCCAAAGAGUCGCUCUACGGUGCAAGGCGCGAGGAGAUCCAGAGCCAGCGAUCCACUGGAUCUCUCCGGAGGGCAAGCUGGUGUCCAACUCCUCCAGAACAUUAGUGUACGCCAACGGGACUCUGGACAUCCUCAUCAGUACCGUCAAAGACACGGGCUCCUUCACCUGUAUUUCCUCAAACCCGGCGGGUGAAGCCCACCAAACUGUGGAUUUGGUCAUCAUCAAACUGCCGCACAUCUCCAACAACACCAACAACAUUCAGGAGCCGGACCCGGGCUCCUCGGAUAUAUCCACGUCGGCCCGGAGCGGGGUCAACGGGAGCAACGUGACCGGCGACGUGAAGGGAGGCGUGGACAAGAGGGUGGUGAGUGCGGAAGCCACCUCCUCAACCGCGCUGAUCAAGUUCAACUUCCAGAGGAAUAUUCCUGGGAUCCGAAUGUUCCAGAUACAGUACAACGGAAGCCAGGACGACUCCCUUGUUUACAGAAUGAUACCACCGUCAAGCAAGAACUUCCUUGUCAACAACCUGGCUGCCGGGACCCAGUAUGACCUGUGUGUGCUGGCCAUCUAUGAUGAUGUCAUCACCUCCCUGACAGCGACGCGAGUGGUCGGAUGCGUACAGUUCACCACCGAGGCGGAGUACAUGAGCUGCCAUUUCAUGCAGUCGCAGUUCCUCGGUGGGACGAUGAUCAUCAUCAUCGGCGGCAUAAUCGUGGCAUCAGUGCUGGUGUUCAUCAUAAUCCUGAUGAUACGAUACAAGGUCUGCAACCCAGCCGAUGUUGGUAAGGGCGUCAGCAUGUCGAUGACCAACGUGCACUCGCAGACCAACGGGCAGCAGAGCCAGGGAUGCACGGUGACGCCCAGCGCCUCCAAACAUGGCUCCAUUGGAUUCGAAGAUCUAUCCGGUGGGUUGAAGAAACCAAGUGGAGCGGCAGGAGUUUCUGGGAAGGAUACUCAGUCUUCAGAUUCCUCCUUGCCGGAUCGUUCCACAGCGACGUCUGUCCUUAGCCAAAACUGGGGAGCCAGAAGCCCAUCUGCGGGUGCUGAGACCCAAGCUAAAGGGGGCGAGGAGAAAGUGUCUUUUGUCGUCGAAAGAGGCCAGUCCGGCGUCUCCUCUCCCACCGGUACUAGCUCACUUACCAAGCCAAAGCGAAAGCCCGCACCAAGUAAACCAGGCUCCACUGGCUCCUCGGGUACCCAUGACUUCCUCCACAACUCCUCCCCUCAUCCGCCCUCCACUUCCUCAUUGUCUACCAACUCCUCCACUCUUGUCCCAACACCCAUCCCUCUGGACAACCUCAACACCAACCGCAACAACUCCACCUCCCUCAACCAAACUCCGCCACCAUAUCCCAGCCCUCUGGCUACGGUCAGCCCAGUUCCUUCCAUCCGAUAUAGAGAAACGCCUAUACUGCGCCGGGCCCCGCGCACCUCCUCCUCCUCUGCCAAGUACCAGACUCUUCCAGCGGAGGAAGUGGGGAGAAGCCGAGCCAGACGGAGGUACUCCCUCAGUGAAGGAGGUUCUAAGACUCAGUCAUCCAGUAGCGGAGGAGGGCCUCAAAAAAUAAGUCGCAUAAUGAGGAACAAAAGGAGCCAAUCAAUGAGCGGGCUGAUCCCCAAAAAUGGGGAAGCAGACUCGGAAAAAGGACGAUGUGACUCAGAUUGGAUCUUGGAAAGCACAGUUUAAACUGGUACCAGCCCAUGGAGAAAAAAAAAAAAAAACCUCUAACACCCAUCAUCUUUGAUUUCUUUAUGCAGCUGAGAGGUUUCUUAGAUAAUAUGUGUAUAAAAGGGGGUUGUCUUAUAUGAAACUGUUUGCUAUUGUUGUUUAGAAUGUCUAUGGUUUGUAUGCUGUUUAUUUUCCAGUGUGUGGAAACGGUUCAUUGCAUCUUUUGGGGUGCAGGUGUUAACAUAAAGUUUAUUUUUAUCAUUUUUAUUUAUUUUUUUAAAGAAUUUAUUUCACAGCAUACAAGGGCCAUUGAAAAUGUGAAUUUGUAGACAAAUAAUACACAUGAAAACGACAAAAUGAAAUUUAAAAAAUACUUACUUUUCAGUUUAAUUACCCUAAUAUGCUGUUCAUUUCAAAACUCAGUUUGUUCCCAUCUUCGACGGUCUUUUAUCGGUUUUACAGUUUGUCAUUUAGCGAGUAAAUAACCUGCCUUGUCUUGUUACGUCUUCAAGUUGUCUUGUUGGUUCCACCUUAUAGCACAAAGAAAACAAGGCAACGGGGUCGCCACGAAAAUCGCCACAAAAAAAGGGAGUAUUACAGGAAAUGAUGGUCGAAACAACACAAGAACUGAAAAGCACACCACGUUCACACACUGACUGGACGUGUGCGGUCACACUGCGGCAGAGGAGUAUCGGUCGGUGCCUUCUUUUGCACUUACAGGUAACGGAAUUCGAAAACCACACAGCUCCACCAACAAGAAUGAAGAUACGAGGAGAGACAAAGAUUUCACACAUAGCCUUUCUUAAUGCUGAGGACAUUUCUCCAACUGAGACAAAAAGUACGACACAGACUUGAUGGACCUCUUAUGAAAUUGAUAUUUUUUAAUGGAAAGAAUAACGAAAAAAAAAUCUUAUGAGCUUUUCACUGACAUUGGUAUACAACCGUCUCAGUUGGUCACACACUCCUGGAAAGCGUCUGUACAGAAAAAGACAACAUGUACUGUGUUGUUAUGUUGUGUAAAAUAAAAAAAGGGACAAAUAGAAACGUGUGGUUG